AUGUUGACUGACAGAUUCAAAUAUGAUCCAACAGUUAUAGUAGGGGCAACGCUGGUGUUUGGUUUACCGCUAACGUUACUGUUUCCCAGUUUCUCGGUGUGGGACGUGGUGCCCAAGGUGCGGGUCGAGCGUCUCCACUUCAUCGAACAAGACCUCACCUGGUCUCAGAGCAAUACUACUCUUGUAACUAUCCUGGCGCUUUUCUUCUGCCUGUUUCUUGAAAUGCGCAAACGCAAGUUAGAUGCCAUGGUUGACAAGGUACUGAUGUUAAGUCAAGCAGCUGAUGCAACCAUGGAGGUGGAGCAGAGCCGCCAAGCUGCCGCAGUCCGUGUAUGCUUACAACUUUUAGACGCCUCUACAGAACACUACGAGAACUUGGUUGUCCUUCGUGACGAGUUACGCAAAAGAGACAAAUUGAAUUUUCAGGCUCCGCCGGUAAUAGAGCUUAGUUCUAGUGUAAUAUAG